UUGACCGGAAUUUCAUUUUAAGUACCGGUACGACGAUGGAACCCGAACGUAAUAUACAGCAUUUUGACGAUAUUUUUCAACAUAUCGGACCAUGCAAUCAACGUUUUUUCCUUUCCUAUAUAAUUGUUAGUUUAUGUGUGAUAUCAGCUGGUUUGAAUUAUCUAUCCAUAGUAUUUCUGUUUCCUGAAACUGAUUUCUGGUGCCAGGUUGACGAGUUGGAUAAACGGUGUUUCGAUUUAAAUUUAACAGAGGUUGAAUGUGUGGGAUUAAAGCACGAUUACCGACCAACAGACCAGAGUAGUACUACGUUAAUCGAAGGGCAUUGCAGUCAAUAUAAUCUUACUGAUUACGAAUUUAGUUCCAACACAACAUCAUUGAAAAUUGUAUCUGUUCAUAGGUGUAAUAAUGGGUACGAGUACGAUACUACCAAAUAUAAAACUUCUGUAACGCAGGAGUUUGAUUUGGUUUGUGAAGAUGGUUAUUUAGUACCUCUAGUAAUCUCGUCAACUUAUAUUGGUACAUUGUUCGGGGCACUUAUAUUUGGAAAUAUUGCGGACAGAUUUGGGCGAAAGAGGACCAUAAUGCUGUGUAUGUUGAUGUGUACGUUACUAAAUAUUAUUGUCCUAUCAUCACAAUGGUACUUGAUGUUCAUUACUUUCAAAGUGAUUUCAGCGGUAUUCUCCAUGGGGGUUUUCAACACAACAUUUGUCAUGGGAUGUGAACUUGUUGGUCCAUCAAGGCGGUCUUUAGCCGGGACUUUCAUCUCAGUUCAGUGGUCAAUUGGUUACAUGAUAGCCUCAUUGUAUGCAUACCUGAUACCUUAUUGGCGUUUUCUUAUACUGGCAAUGGUAAUAACGGAUAUUUGUAUCUGCAUUAUGAUUUUCUGGCUUGUUCCCGAAUCUCCUCGAUGGCUCCAUGCUGUAAACGAAGUGGAAACCACAGAAAAAAUAUUGAAGCAGGCAUGCAAGUUUACCAAAGACCCACAAGCAAAUUUAGAUGUCUGCAAGCAAUUUUGCAGGCAGAACGACGAAGAUCCUACGCCAGAGAAUAUUAAGACUCAAGGUUCGUCAAAUUUCAAAGUAGUUGACAUAUUACGCCUGAAAAAUAUUCGAAUGCGAUUUCUAACGAUUGCUUUUAUAUGGUUUGUCAAUGAUUUAGUUUACUUCGGUAUAUCUCUGAGCAUAGUCAAUCUUGGAGCGAACGAAUAUGCUGCCAACGCUUUAGCUGGUUUUGUCGAGAUUCCAGCUGUGUUUCUUGCCUGGAUUUCGAUUGAACGUUGGGGGCGCCGAAUAAUUCUAAGUGCGACAUUGGUACUUGCUGGAGUAGCUUGCGCAACUACCUCAUUUAUAUCAAAUAAUAUGUGGGUUGCAACGCUCGGAAUGGUUGGAAAGUUCAGCAUCACUGCCUCAUACACAAUAAUCUACAUAGUUGCCGCCGAAAUUUACCCAACGCCAAUUAGAAAUACUGCAAUAGGAUUAUCGUCAAUGAUUGGUAGUCUCGGUGGAAUCAUCGCCCCACAGAUCAUCUUCAUUGGGGUCAGUCUUGAACAGCUCCCUUAUCUCAUCUUUGGAGGCCUAGCAUUCGCGGCUGGUUUUGUUACUUUAUUGCUUCCGGAGACACGUGGGUUAAAUCUUCCUCAGACUUUGAAAGAAGGAGAAAAUCUUGGAGACAAUACACCCCGCCAAGCAGACGAUAUGUGCCAGGAUGAAUUGGAAUCAAUUAUGUAACUCUCCAUUUACGUGUAUUCGAGGCUCAGAUUACCGUUUGGUUGUGAUUUGUAUUACAUAACUGGACAGUAACGCGAAAAUAACAGUUAAUUGGGACACUAGUUUGUGGUCAGUUAGUGAUGGUGGUAAGCGAAGUAAGUGGUAAAUUGGAUAUCCACUCGAUCGUCUGCAGUGUAUACGAUGUUCUGUACGUCUGUCAUGCGAAUAAUAGGCUCAUGAACUGGUUGCUAGUAGGGCACUCUCGGUGGAAGCUGCUGGAGCCAGCAUAAUGGCGCAGAGUACCUGAGUGUACACUGCAGUUAUGGCGCUCGACACUAUCUCAAAAUCGGUGGUGUGCUGAUUCCUCCUCCCCUUAGCGUUCGCGCAUGUUCAGUUCUUGAACAAAGCGUUCCUGUUGGACGAUUGUUUGAUUUGUUUUUUUUUUUGUUUUUUUUUUUGUGAAAGGCGCUAUAUAAAUACUUGACGACUGACUCUCAGAAUUAUAUCCAUGUAGACAUUUGCAUUUCGUAGAUAAUUUUAAUGUAUCUAUUAUUGUGUUUUUAAAUUGGAAUUUCCAAGACACUCUUAGUCUUGAAAACGGCGGCAGUGCCCAUAGAAAACUUCUUUUCGCACUGUGACAGUGCCGUUAAAAAAACUGCAGCCUUUGCGCACUUCGGCAAAAUAAAAAAAAGUAGAUUUUUACCCUCCGCUAGAAAACAGUAUUUUUUUCGCACUGCGACAGUGCCGUUAGCCACGUCCGUCUUGGGUCCUCCAAAUCGCGUCGGCGACCUUUCCCCCUAAUAUUGGAAACUAUUAAAAUUGUCCAUUGGUAGAAUAUUGUUUUUUAUUUUAUAACCCACUUCUUUAACCAGUUGGUCUCUCUUGUGUCAUAUGUCUAUCUAUCUAUCUGUAUAAUUGCUUUAAUGAAAUUUUUAACUUUUCAAUAUUGUAAUAAUUACUUAGUGAUAAAAAUUAGUAUAUUAUGAAUAAUAAUUAACAGUAAAUUAAUAUAAUCAAUAAUAAUAUUUUACGUAUUGAAAUCUAAAACUUUGGACACAUAACGAGAGACGACAAACAACUGGGCUUAAUGCUGACACGUAGAACCACCACCCAAGAUUUUUUGAUAAGGGCUACUUUAUUCUAAACUUAUUUAUGUCUUUCUUAGUCGUAAUACUCUUUCUUUGGCCUAUUUAAAUUGUUAUUUUAUCCUGCUUGAAUAAUUUGCAACUAAUGGUAAAUUCAUUAUAUAUUUUUAUUUAUAUAAUUUGUAUUCAGUUUUAAAUAUUGUGUUGAAUUAAUUCAUUUUGUAUAUUUAAAAUUGAAAUGUUGUUCUUUUCCUCUUCUGAAUAUAUUUUUUUUGCUUGAUUAUUUCAUUGGGGAUACUUACAGUAGUCUAAAUUUAUUUAUAUACUAUUAAUUAAUUAGUUUCAUACUCCCUUUUGUCUUGUUUUACUGUGUGUAUUGGGUCCCUAAUAAUCAGCUUCGGCUGGAUUGACUAGGCCUACUCUCAUUAAAGAUUGUUGAAAUAGAUAAAUUAGUAGCAAAAGCACACUUUUAUAUGACAAAUCGUUCUAUGUUUUUUAAUAUAUGGAAGAUCGUUGAAGAUAUAUUGUCCCCUAAAAAUGAAAAAAAAAUCUUCUAAAAAUAACUUUUAAAUUAAUUUGCUUAUUUUGGCGGUAACAUACAAGAACUUACAAUUAUACUAUAACAAGAGACGAGGUGGUCAGUUUGUUUUAUUUAAACUAAAAACACAUUUUUUAAACAAAAUGUUCGUCCUUCGGUGGUAAAAAUACGAUUAUUGAUGAAGUAAUUAUGAAAUAAGUAGGUAACUAACCAAUGUAUUGUUAUUUUCAAAGAGUUGAUUUAACACCAACAAUUAUUCUUCUUCAAAAAGUAACAUCUGGAACCUAAUGGACAGCAUAUUGCUGAUUCAAAUCAGAAGCAUUAAAACAUAGUAGAUUAGUAGAGGAUGAAGAAUGAUUUAUGAGAUUCAUAUCUGUAAAUUAAGUUUACCAGCUCAUAUACGUUCCUCUGAAUAGGAUUCUAAUUAGCUUACACACGACACAUGCAUGCGUGCAAGAUAUGUUUAUAUUUUAGAUCCAAAAUUUUAAUAAGAUCAAUUCUAUUUAAUAAAAUUGUACUAAAAACAAUUAAUUAAAUUAUGUUUGGUACCCUAGUUCCUCUAACAAUACGUAAACAUAACCGGUUACAUAUAAAAUAAUAGAUUUCUUUUAGCAUAAAUGUCGUAAUUAUUAUGUUAGCAAUUAUUAUAUAUUAGUUCAAUCUAAAUUUUCAUAGAAUUAUAGUCAAGAUCUUCAGCGGGAGUGCGUGAGUAUGCUAAAGUUACAGGCUUCACAUUCUUGAAAUCCUCAGCGUCAUUGAUUGUUUCUGGAAGAGGGCGGUUCAAAGUUUCCGACAACAACAAAGCGACUAAACCUGAAAACAGUGACAGCGUAGCAAAUAGCACCAUCGGUAUCCACGUAAUGGAUCUUCCCUGUGAAUACCAAACGAUAGAAGAAAAAAAAUGUAAUGGCGAUGUAGUGUCAAUAUGGAGGACACGUACCCCCUUGUUGGGUCAUCUCAUUCGAUCCGCUCGUAUAUAAGUAAGGGAUGAAAACGAUUUAAAUAACAUUUGACCACCCGCACCCACACUCAUUCCAAAGCCACUUACGACUACUAUUUUAUCUAAUAAUUACUUACAUAUAUGAUAAUAAUAAACAAAUAAUAAUAGUAAUACAGCAAACAUAUCCAUGUUAAUAAACACGUUUUGUAAUAUUAUUUUAGUAAUAAAAUAUAAAAUCAAGCCGAUUAUUCAAAUCACUAUUACAAAAAAAAUCAAUAUUUUUCUUCCCAUUCAUUUGAAAUAGGCAUACACACACACACACACACACACACUCACUAAAUGUUGAAACAACGGCUUUUUAAGGCCUGGGAAGUGAAAUAGUGUUUAGCCACGAGAAAAAUCAUGGUGGUGUCAUUACAAAAUUCACGACAGUUGUGUGGAGCACUGUAUUCAGACUUAUCAAAUUUUAUUUGACAAAAACAUGCGACAUGCCUUUAUAUAUUAUAGUCAUGAUGAAAUCACAGCAUGACCAUAUAUAGACACAUUAUGACUAUCUAUGGGCAUACAACACAGUUUUUCUUUAAAAAAUGACAACCUGGACAGAGCUUUGGUUUAUGACAGCAAAUAACUUGACACAAUGUUGCAGCAAAGUUCAGAACGGUCAGAACUCAGAAAUCCUGCAAUGUAUUUAUCUUACCGUAUACAUAAUAGAAGGCGCGCACAUACCACCAAUUUGAUAAUUAUACUUAUCAAAUUGGAUAAAGUAAAAUUGCAGUAGACGCAUUAUAAAUAAUAUUAGUAAGCGCAACAAAAAUUAUAUAAUAAAUCAACAGUGGCGGAUCCAGGAAUUCGAAAGAGGUGAACCAGGGAGGGACAUUCACAGGCUGAGGAGCCACCCACCUCAUCUCCACCAUGGUUGGGACUGAGGUAAGAACAUUUAUGGUUAGGGCAUCUCUAGAUGGCUAAAAAUUACACUCUCACACUUAAAUUUAAAUAUAUUUUCUUUUUGUUUUUUAAAUGAGGGUUGUGGGGGGGGGGGCUUGAAUCUAACUCUGUUCGAAACAUUCUUUAUCCGAAAUAGUCAUAAUUAUGAAAAAUGGGCAUGAAAAACCAGAUGACAUCAUAAAAACAAAUAUAUGGACCCUCGCCUCAGCAGUCACUAAGACAUACUCUGAGUCAGGUGCCGACUCGAUGGAGUUUAAUGUUAUACCCAAGGAAGGGUGCCGAUCUUUUGAAAGGUGGAGGGUAGGACAUUUUGUGUGUCAACACCAACUUCGGACCCACCAUGUUUAGGGCUGAGAUGGGAAAAUUUGAGGAAAUAAUACCCCUAGGUGGCUAGAAAUGAUACUUUUAGUAAAAUUUAUCAUUAUCACAUCAUCAUUAGUCAAAAUGAAGCGCCCAAAAAAUCUUUUUAUCAGUUAUUUUGUGCAACCACAGCGAUAUUAUUAAUUGGUGUGUGAUAUAACAUAGAUGAGAAAGCUUAAAGCAAUGUUUUUUUAUGUACUUUACAUACAACAACAAAAAAUUGAUACAUAUAAAUAUGAAUAUAAAUAAAUGUAUAUAUACUUAUAUAUAUAUACUUAUAUAUAUAUGUUAAUAUAUAAGUAUAUAUAUAUAUAUGGAAGGAGUGGAAGGAGGCUAUAAUAAGUUCGGAAGGUGAACUACCGAACUUUAAUAUAUAGCCACCAAUUAUUGAUUUGCUUGAAUUUUGUAUUUUGAGAAUUUUAUCCAAUUUCUUCUUGGUUUUUUAUUUUAAUCAUUCUGUUCCCUGGUAUGAUAACUUAGGCCCUAUCCUUUUUACUAAAAUUGUUCUAUUGUUUUAAAGUUAUUGCAGGCUUACUAUUUUACUAAUCUGUUCCGGAGGUUUUCUGAAUAAAUUGAAAUUAAUUGAAAUUGAAAAUUGAAUUUUGAAUUUUGAGCAAUAAACCAGAAUUUUCUCCCUAAAUCCUUAGAGUGAAUAUCGUCAAGGCAUACUGCAUGUGUUACUUCGUAUAAAUCAAUCUUGUCAAUUUUGGCCCUUAACCAUUGGGAUUUCUUUUUCUUCGUUUUUCGUGCAUUUUUAUAGGAUUCCAAUUCAUUCAUCAUGAAACAAUAUUGGGAACAUAUCUACUGUUGUUUUUAUUACAUUUCUGCUGAUUUCAUAUUAUAAAUGAAUUUUAUUUGCCUUGAAAAUUAUUGCUAGGCCUAUAAAUUAGUUAUAAUUCUACUGUAACUAAUUCUGUCAAUAAAAAUAAAAUUAUGAAGAAUUGUAUGUCAUCAUUAUAUGAAAAUAUGCCAAAACCCCUAUUUAAGGGACAAUUUCACGUUUUGGUUAGUGUCCCCUGUAUACUUGAGUAUAGUCGUGUCAAAAGCCAUACGUUGAAUUGAAUUGAUCAGCCUGACUCUUUGCAUGUCCGCUUUGCUUUCUAUAUUUGCAAAUUCGGGCCCUUUUUAACGGGAAUUCGACAGUAAGGAAGUUCUCCGGAUUCUAUCGUGUAUCGAGCCCUAGUUCUUGGUAAAGUGGGAAAUGCUGUCUGUCUGUAGAUUCUUUGUCUUUGUGCAACUCUUCAAGCAUUAUUCCAUUUGCAGUGUGGAAAGACCCAGUUCCUGAUAGUUCAAUAAAAUGUGUCGAAAUUGUCAAAAUAUGAGUGAUAGAACAACGGCAUAGCCGUAUUCCUAAUUACUUUGGUUCAUAACACAUCUGAGGCA